AUGGAAUUUUUAGCACUUGAUCUGAACAUCAAGGAAGCCCACAUGUGGACAGUUAUGUCAGAUAGGCAGAAGGGGUUAGUUGAUGCAGUGAACGGAUUCUUCCCUGGUUCUGAACAUAGGUAUUGUGUCAUGCAUCUGUACAGUAACUUCAAGCAAAACUACAGGGGUUUGGCUCUGAAAGGUAUCCUCUUCAAGGCAUCAAUGUCAUCAAGAGUGGUUGAUCUCCAGAUGGCUAUGGAUGAAAUGAAAAGUAGAGAUGACAAAGCAUUUCAGUGGUUAGCUCAAGUUCCUCCAUGUCAUUGGUCAAGGUCCCACUUUUCAACUCAUAGCAAGAGUGAUAUUCUUUACAAUAACUACAGUGAAAGUUUCAACUCCAUGAUUUUGAGUGCCAGAAAGAAGCCAAUUCUUGAACUCCUAGAACAUGUCAGAUUAAUACUCAUGAAGAGAUUGCAUGAGAGAAGGGAUCAAAUGUUAAAAUAUGAUGGUGUUAUCUGUCCAAAGAUUGUUAAGAUCUUGGAGGAGCUGAAAAAGAGAGCUUCUGAUUUUUUUGCUCAUUGGAAUGGUGAGGAUCAGUUUGAGAUAGAGAAUGGUAUAGGAACUAGGUUCAAGGUUCAUUUGACAGAAAAGACUUGUAGCUGUAGAAGGUGGGAUUUAACUGGUAUCCCAUGUGUUCAUGCAAUAAGUGGGAUUUUUUACUUGGGGAAGAAUCCUGAAGACUUUGUGGAUAACUGUUACAGUAGGAACACAUUCCUAAGGUCACAUUCACAUAUGAUGAAAGCCAUUAAUGAUUCUGAAAUGUGGCCAGAGGUGGAUGUGCAACCUCUUGUCCCCCCAGUGAUUGAGAAGAUGCCUGGAAACCAAGAAAACAUAACAGAAGGAAAGAUCCAGAUGAAG